CACGCAGUUAGAAAUGCACUCAGAGAGCAGAGCACCAGAGGAGCCUCGAUCCCGGUCUCACAGCGGUGCGGUGGGAGGAUGAGGGAAGACUAGAGACAUGGGACCGUACAUCUCCUGCAUGCGACGCAGAACUUGAACCCCAAUGCUGCUGCUGGACUUUCUGAUGCUACGGAGAAACUCAAAAACUUUGAGGCUUCAAGGAUGUUCUUCUCAGAUGGGACUCUCUCAGCCGUCACUUGUGCGCUCCUGUUGGGAAUAACGUGUCUGACCGUCCUCUGCGACCUCACCAAGGGCUCUUCAGACUUUUCAGGUUACCUGUCCAAAGUGUUGAGGAACUACACCGAGCAGGCCUGCGACGGAGACUUCUUGUCUGUUCGCUGCCCGCCCCGCACCACCAUCACUGUCCAAUCGGCUUUCUACGGAAGGAAAGGCGCCUCGGACCCUCAGCAGUGCCCUCAGACCUACCAGGCCCUCCUCAGUUCUUAUAACACUCGGGAGGAUGAUCGAUAUUGUUCUGUGUCCACUGCACUACAGAAAAUGCUGGACGAGUGCCAAGACAGAAGGAGCUGUCAAGUCCUUGUCAACAGCCGCGUGUUUGGGACAGACCAGUGUCCUGGCAGCAGUAAAUACCUCAUUGUCUGGUACAAAUGCAGACCUAACGAGUAUAAGAGUAAGGUGGUCUGUGAGGAGGAGAGGAUGAGGCUGAGCUGCAAACGGGGUAUGCAGAUCGCUGUCUACUCCGCCAUGUUUGGCCGAACUCAACAGGGCACCUUGGAGUGUCCCCUGCACCACAGGAGGGCCCCGUCAGUAGACUGCCAGUCGUCUUUGGCUCUACAGGUCCUGACCGCCCGCUGUCAGGGAAAGAAAAGCUGUCUGGUUCGAGCAUCCACAAAAGACUUUGGAGAUCCGUGUUAUUCCGGCACCAGGAAGUACCUCAGUGUCAUCUACACCUGUGUCCCAAAGAAGUUGCUCCAGGAGCACGGACCCAGACCACCGGUGUACUCCCCUCCACCCAGCGCCCAUGACCCAAACAUAGUGGGAGACAGCCCUCCGGAGGGGAGCUCAGUCAAAAGCCCUGACGCUGUUCCAGAUAGGAAGAAGAUUAGGGAGACAAAUCCCAACGAGGAGAAGUUUUCCGAAGCCGGAGGAGAAGGAGGAGAAAAUCCACUGCGGCCCCCAGGCAUGAAUCCCAUCAUCAACUCCACCUCUAGCGCCAACAUGGCCCUCAUCAGCAACGCACUGGCAGCCUACACUUACAUAUCAGACCACCCAGAGAGGGCCGCACUUUUCUUCGUCUGUGGCGUGUGUUUGGGCCUCCUCCUCACACUCUUUGCCUUGGUGGUCCAGAUCUCCUGUCGCACCGACUGCCAGCCCCGCCAGCGGCCUCCCGCCAAGAAACGAGCACGCCCCGCCGACUCAUCCUCAGAUUCCAGCGACUCGGACUCUGACUGGGACACCACGUCAGAUCUGUCGGCACGGAGGCACCGGCGGUUUGAACGCACACUUAACAUGAACGUGUUCACGUCGGCGGAGGAGCUGGAAAGAGCGCAGAGGCUCGAGGAGAGGGAGCGAAUCAUCCGGGAGAUCUGGAUGAACGGGCAACCUGACAUCCCCGGGACACGGAGCCUCAACCGGUAUUACUGAGGACUACUAAAGGGCUUUUUUUAUAGAAAGCUUGAUAAAAGAAAAUUUAGGACGCACUUGAGUUGGAAAGGGGAAGGGACAUUAUGAAGCUUUAUAAGCAAGCAUGCAAAAGUAACACACUGAUGAAAACAGUGGAAGGUAUUGCAGACUUGGGAAUAAAGUGCUCCCUCUCUGCUGGUUUGCAUAUUCCUCUGGGUAUCAUAAGCUGUACCCCAUUCAGUACAAGUAUAAGCUCCCGCUCUGCAUGGUAAGCUCACCUCUUAGCCGCCUCUUUCUGCCGGAAACAAGGGGUGAAAGGCUACAUUGCCUCGCCUGUGACCUCAGCAGGCCUUUUUGAAGUGGGGAUUUAUGGGUUAGCUGUCUUAGACACACAUAGGCCUGUGGAGACUACAUGGUGACUGAAGGACCAAGGCCUCAGAUGGGUCUGUUUUAUACAGAACGCGAGGCAGCUGCAAAAGACUGUGACACUUGGAGCUUUAUGCUCGGCACCCUCCAGUAUUCAAGUGUGGACUUUAAGCGAGGGGCAGCAUAAAGCAGACAGAAGUGUACUGGACAGUGGGGACAAUGUAAGACAAUCUUUCCACAGUGAAUAACCACGCUGCGUUUUGAACUUUAUAAAACCAAAAGAUAUUUUGGGGGGAAUUCAUCUCAACCCUUAUGAAAUCUAUUUUAUAAUAUUUAAUAGUUUAUUGAUGUUGUGUAUUUUUGUUCUCAAGUAUGGUUUAUUAUGAGAUAUUUUUAUACUUGGCGAAGGUUGUCUGGCACCUCAGGGAUGCAAUCCUAGUGUUUCUGUGUUUGGUUGAUGUAUUUGCUUCCUAAAAAGGGGAUCAGCCCAUUUAAACAGCUAUGUCAGCAUUUAAAGAAAAUAAUUAGAAAUAUCAUUAAAAAAAAGAGCCUCAAAGAGGUUUAGUGAUUUAACCUUAUUUUUGAUACAGUAUGUUUAAUUCACAGUGCAGUGCCUUUUUCUAGCUAUUAAGUCACUGUUGUCAAGAGUGCAGCUGGUGUAUAACUCAAUAACUGGUCAAAUAAUUUAUAAAUUGGAUAUUCCAAAUUGAUCUUAUGUAUGUAUUUUCUUUUAUCAUCUGCUGAAUUGGCGCAUGUGUAAUAUCUGAACGUCUCUGUCACGCGUUGCACUUGCUAUCUCCCCAGAUGUAGAUGUACGUAACCAUAAUAUGCCAAUUCUGUAUCAGAAAUGUUUCUUUCAUAGAAAAUUGUGCAAAUUUCAGGUCUUGUGUCAACCGUGUCAACCCUUAUUUCAAAGAUACCAGUGCUAAACCAGAUGCUUGUGGUAAUCGCUGCUUAUGGCCAUCUGGAGAAGGAACCAGCACUGAAAAGAUGUUCACAGUAGACGCGCAAACCGCGUGUCUCUUACGUCAUGUUGCCAGUUUAAUAAAAUAAGCUAUUGUCAAUCCAGUUAUGUUUGUGCUGCCCUGGAUUCAGGCGUAGAAAUAAUUAUAGUUUUCAGAAAAAGCUUGGUAUUUUCCUGACUGAGAGUUUAAUUGAGAGUACACAGGACAUAUUGGGGUCAUCCACAUAAAGACUGCCACUCUAUAUAGUUUUUAUAAAGACAGUUUUAAAUGUGUUACAGUUUGAAUGGGAUUACAAUGUGCCAAUAGCUGGUAAAGUGAGACCAAAAUAUGACUCCUGUGCUUGGAAUAAACUGUGUUCAAAAAUAA